AUUUGAGCUCAAUCAGCUGAAGUCUUCCGAGCAGCCAUGAUGAAGUGGGCCGUGGUUCUUUGCGCCAUGCUGGCGCUUUCUGAGUGCUUCAUCAGCAUUCCUCUGAUCAAGGGAAAGAGUGCUCGUGAUGCACUGGAGGAGAAGGGUCUUUGGGAGAAGUACAGGAAGAUGUACCCUUACAACCCAAUGGCGAAGUUCACCCAGAGCUAUGCUGUCGGUUAUGAAUCCAUGACCAACGAUGCUGAUCUUUCCUACUAUGGUGUGAUCUCCAUUGGAACUCCUCCUCAGUCCUUCCAGGUUAUCUUCGACACUGGUUCUUCCAACCUCUGGGUUCCCUCUGUCUACUGCAGCAGUACUGCUUGCAACAACCAUGCUAGGUUCAAUCCUCAGAAAUCCAGCACCUUCCAGGCCACCAACCAGCCUCUGUCAAUCUAUUAUGGAACCGGCAGCAUGACUGGCUUCCUCGGAUAUGACACCGUUUCGGUCGGCAGCAUCCAGGUUCCUCAUCAGAUCUUUGGACUAAGUCAAACCGAGGCACCAUUCAUGGCCCACAUGAAGGCUGAUGGCAUUCUUGGAUUGGCCUAUCCUCAGCUGGCUGCCUCCAACGCCCAGCCCGUCUUUGACAACAUGGUCCAGCAGGGUCUUGUGCAAGAUUACUUCUCUGUCUACCUAAGCAGCAACUCUCAAACUGGCAGCGAGCUUAUUUUGGGUGGAUACAACCCCAACCACUACACUGGUUCUUUGGUCUGGAUCCCUCUGUCAUCUGAGACGUACUGGCAGAUCACCAUGGACAGCGUCACCAUCAAUGGGCAGGUUGUUGCUUGCAAUGGUGGUUGCCAGGCUAUUGUGGACACUGGCACCUCCCUGAUCGCUGGUCCUACCAGUGACAUCAGCAGCAUCAACAGCUGGGUGGGAGCCACCAUGAGCAACGGAGAAGCUAUGGUGAACUGCAACAACAUUGCAAGCAUGCCUGUACUGACCUUCAACAUUAACGGCAACGCCUUCACCCUGCCUGCCUCAGCCUACGUCCGUCAGUCUUAUUACUACGGCUGCCGCACUGGUUUCAGCUCGAGCAGCCAGAGCCUGUGGAUCCUGGGUGAUGUCUUCAUUAGGCAGUACUACACCGUCUUCAACAGGGCGAACAACUCCGUCGGUCUGGCCAAGGCUGUGUGAGAAACACACGCGCUGGAGAGAAUCAAUUAAUGUUAGCGGCGAUAAUGAUAUGUCGGUGAUAAGGUGUUAUAAUAACAUGUUAUUGUGAUGACAAAGUAGUAAAACCAUA